UCAUUCAGCUGGCGGAAGUGAUGUUUGUCCGAUGAACGAAAAGCAAGGCUGAGUACUUUUCUGGUGUUCUUGUAAUAAUGUCUUUUAAAAGGGAAGGGGAUGACGCUAGUCAACUGAAUGUCCUCAAGAAACGACGCGUCGCUGAUCUCCUGUCCAACUUCAUUCCCGAGGACGAGGCCGUCCUGAUGAAGAACGGAAGGUACGCCUGUUUAGUGUGCUCGUCCCGGCCCGUGUUCGACACCGUGGACAUGCUGGCCGUCCACAGGAAAGGGAAGAGACACCUGGAGGGGCUCCAGUGGUCCUACAGGAAGAAGCGGGAGCUGCAGAACGAGAUCGAGAAGCGGCGCCACCUGGCCUACGUGCGCCAGGAGGAAGCGGGCAGGCAGGAGACAGUUGGUCCAGCUCCUCUGCUGGCCCAGACACGCAAGAUUACCCAUCACGCCUUGCUGAAGUCCACCCCCUACAACAGCUGCCACCAGAAGAGAAGCAGCAGGUCUGAAUCAAGCUCCAGCUGUCCCUCACCCAGCAGGACCCCUGUUCCCAGGAACCAAAUGUUGCAAGCUCAGUCAGGGGGGACAUCAACGGCUGACACCACACCAGUGACCUCACUUCCUGGACACCAUAGCAACAGUGCACUAGAGAUCCCGAGAGAGGGCGUCCCCGAGCGAGCGAAGGAGAGCACGAGAAAGAGGUCCCGGCCUGCGGCGGCUUCCGAGUCAGAUCCCGGGGCGGCACAGAGGCGCCAAGAGAUGGAGCACUACCUCAGGCUGAAAAGCUCCGGGUGGCUGCAGGACCGAAGUGGAAACUGGGUGAAGGAUGAGAACGUGGAAUUCGACUCCGACGAGGACCAGCCCCCCACCCUCUCCCCCUCCUGACUCCACCUGUCCCAGAACAGGAAGAGCAUUUGAACUGUUUCAGAGAACAUUUGUACAGCGACGCCAUUUUUGAACGGCAAAAGCAUGAACUGCUGUAGGUGGAGGACAAAAUGUAAUUAUAAAGAAGUGAUUGAAGACCUUUUAAUGGUCAGAUCUCUCACACGCUCUCUGGGGAGAACUUAAGAUGUUGUGUCAAUCUUUUUUGUCAUUUUGUAACUUAUGCCUAUUAAAAUCAGAAAGAGAA